ACACUGAGUUGAGGUUCUGGCUGGCCUUAUCUUCAUGUUGGUCUCUAAAUGUCCAUUGAAUUAUAUCCUUUAUGAACCAAGAAUUAGUAAAGGUGGAUUCAGAUGGAAAGCAAGUGCCUCCAAUGAAGUUCCCGUUGAGAAGUGGAAGCAAGAUAGCAUUUUCAUUGAUAGACGUGGCAGAUUUAGACACUUUGAUCACAAAAAAGUUUCACGGAAAAGAUGUGGUUCUUUAAGGGGCAGAGGAUGGAAAUAUGGAUCUGGUUUUGUUGAUGGUAUAUUCCCAGUUCUAAGCCCAAUUGCUCAGCAAAUUCUAACUUUUAUAAAGACGGAAAAAGAUCCAGAGAGGAUUUGGUCUUCCUUGGAUACUUUACGUCCCACCAAUCACACCUGGGAUGAUCUAAUCAAUGUAGCAGUUCAACUUCGACUCAACAAGCAAUGGGAUCUGAUCAUACUGAUGUGUGAAUGGAUACUGUGUAGGAGCUCCUUUCAGGCAGAUGUGAUUUGCUACAAUUUGCUCAUAGAAGCUUAUGGGCAGAGUUCACUUGUUAAGAAAGCAGAAUCUACUUACCUGGCGCUUGUUGAUGCUCGAUGUAUCCCAACUGAAGAUACUUAUGCACUUCUUCUAAAAUCUUAUUCCAAAUGUGGGAUGAUAGAGAAGGCUGAAGCUGUCUUCUCUGAGAUGCGGAAGAAUGGCCUUCCUCCAAGUGCUCUUGUAUAUAAUGCUUAUAUUGAUGGGUUAAUGAAGGGAAGGAAUUCUCAAAAAGCAUUGGCAAUCUUCGAUAGGAUGAAGCGUGAAAGCUGCCAACCAUCUACUGAUACUUAUACAAUGCUGAUCAAUUUAUAUGGGAAGGAAAAUAAGUCCUACAUGGCGCUAAAGAUGUUCAAUGAGAUGAAAACUCAGAAAUGUAAACCUAAUAUCUGUACCUACACAGCUCUUGUAAAUGCAUUUGCGAGAAGUGGCCUAUGUGAAAAGGCUGAAGAAGUCUUUGAAGAGCUACAAGAAGCUGGGCUUGAGCCUGACGUUUACACCUAUAACGCCUUGAUGGAAGCUUACAGUCGUGCAGGCUAUCCUCAGGGUGCUGCAGAGAUCUUUUCUCUCAUGCAGCAUAUGGGCUGUGAACCAGACAGAGCUUCAUACAAUAUCAUGGUGGAUGCCUAUGGAAGAGCUGGUCUUCAUGAAGAUGCACAAACCGUGUUUGAUGAGAUGACGAGGCCGGGGAUAGCUCCUACGAUGAAAUCUUACAUGUUACUCAUAUCAGCCUACUCAAGAAACAGUAACGUGUCAAAAUGUGAAGAAAUAGUGAAUCAGAUGCAGAUAUCAGGAGUGAAACUAGAUACCUUUCUUCUUAACAGCAUGCUCAACUUGUAUGGUCGUCUUGGCCAGUUUGCAAAAAUGGAAGAACUCUUGACUGUCAUCGAAGCUGGACCAUACAUAGCCGAUAUCAGCACCUACAAUAUCUUGAUCAAUGCAUAUGGACGUUCAGGAUUUAUCGCGAAAAUGGAAGAAGUUUUCCAAUCACUUCCAGCUAAGAACCUGAAGCCAGAUGUGGUCACAUGGACCUCCCGUCUUGGAGCAUACUCCAAAAAGAAACAGUACCAAAGAUGCUUAGAAAUCUUCGAGGAAAUGAUCGAUGAAGGUUGCUAUCCAGAUGGCGGAACAGCCAAAGUGCUCCUUUCAUCUUGCUCAAGUGAAGAUCAGAUUGAACAAGUUACAACAGUGAUUAGAUCAAUGCACAAGAAUGUGAAGACAGUAGAGUUAGUUUGAAAUGACUUGUACAGUUUUCAUGAAAUUGCAAUAUUUGAUGUG